CAGCGCCGCCUCUCUCCUCCUCCGACGCCUCCUUGUGUGCGCAGUUUUGCUGCAGCAGCCCGGAGUCGAGCACAGCUGCCCGGUAACGACCAGCGGCCAACACGUCACUGACGGUAACUUUUAAACACCAACCGCUUCUGGACAACAGCAACAACAACAACAACAACAACAAAAAGAGACAAAUAGGCACUAAAACGCGCCGAUGAGUUCUCCCGUUACCUUGAACGUGGGAGGCCGCCUGUACACCACCAGUCUGUCCACCCUGCAGCGCUACUCGGACUCCAUGCUGGGCGCCAUGUUCCGGGGAGAUUUCCCCACAACUCGCGACUCCCAGGGGAACUAUUUCAUCGAUCGCGACGGGACGCUUUUUAGGUACAUCUUGAACUUCCUGCGGACGUCCGAGCUCACCCUCCCCUUGGACUUCACGGAGACGGACCUCCUGAGGAAAGAGGCGGACUUCUACCAGAUCGAACCUUUGAUCCAGUGCCUUAACGACCCCAAGCCUCUGUACCCUCCCGACAUCUUCGAACAAGUCGUGGAGCUCUCAAGCACCCGGAAACUGUCUAAAUAUUCCAACCCGGUGGCCGUUAUCAUCACGCAGCUCACCAUAACCACAAAGGUUCACGGCCUGCUGGAAGGCAUUUCCAACAACUUCACCAAGUGGAACAAACACAUGAUGGACACCAGAGACUGCCAGGUGUCGUUCACCUUCGGACCAUGUGACUAUCACCAAGAGGUGUCCCUGAGGGUUCAGCUCAUGGACUACAUCAUGAAACAAGGCUUCACCAUCCGCAACACGCGCGUGCAUCACAUGAGCGAGCGCGCCAACGAGAACACGGUGGAGCACCACUGGACUUUCUGCAGACCGGCUCACAAAGUCGAGGACUGAAUCACGGCGCAGGGUUGUUACUGGUUGAUUUGUCUCCGUGUUACACAAGUCAAGAACUCGGUUUGAUCGCUUGUUUUGGUAAUGAGUCACUAAUAAUGUUUUUGUCCCUCCAUUGUUUUGAUAAAUAUGGUUCAGUGGCACAAGACCCAAAGUCCAGACAGAAAGCAUAAAAACAAUGAAAAUGUGAAUUUUUCACCUGUUGGAGUGAAGAACACUUUAUUUGUGCUCCCGCUACUUAUUUGACAUUACUAGAACAAUUUAUUCUCUGGGUUCAUGUCUACAAAAAAAAACGCAAUUCUUAUUAUUCUAUAACGCUUGUAUUUAUUUACGAACACUAUUAUACCCAAACAAUGCUAAAGAUCUGGGUAAGUAGAGGUUUUUUCAUUUUUCUUUUGAUAUUUUUUUUAAUAUAAUGUGGUUCCAAUACCUGCAUCUGUUUAUCUCAAAGUCAGCAAUAAAGUGAUUGUAAAGAGGUAGUCAUGGUUUAAGACUCUUUGCCUACACACAUUAUCAGAUCUAAGUCUUAAUGUGCAUUUACGUCUCAAUUUGAGGGGGAAAGAGUAGAUUGUCAAAGGUUUGCUGUCUUGGUCGUGUUUUGGACUACAGACCCUGAGCAAACAACUUUUUUGGGGAUCCCGUGAAACUUUUAAUAACGAUGAUGAUAAUAAUAAAUUCUGAUUAUCUUUAGCCCAAUUUACAGUAGAUCUUAUUAGUCUCUUAUGUCUUUGUACGGUACUAUUCCUGAAGACCCUAGUCGUCGUUGCAUGUGUCCGAGUGUCUUGUGUUUGAGUGUAUCUGUGCAGUUUGCAGUAUUACAUCAUGCUGUUACAGUUUUAGAGCUCAUCUCAACAGUGAUGUGUUUGGUCAUUUCAGCCAAAAUAAACCCAUUUGUUCAUUUGUCA